GUCGAAAGCCCGAUAAAACGUAGGCUUUAAGUGAGAGAAAACAACCACCGGUGCCUCUCUCUCACCUGUUACAGUUGUCCUCUCUAACAAGAAAAUCCCACCACCCCCCUUCAUUUCUAACAAGAAACCUCUCACCUUGUUCACAUUUUACCAUUUCGUCCUUCUUUUCUCUUCUUAAUUACUCUGAAUGCCAUUCCUUCGUUUACCUUUCUCUCUGUGCCCACUGUUAGUCUGUGAUCUUCACCUCUCACCUUAUUCUCUUUUCUCUCCCUCUCUCUUUAGCUUUCUACAUUCUCUCUCUAGCAAUUUUUCUUUCUAGAAAGGUCUAUCUGUAGAUUUCAGCUUCUCUUUGCGGGAAUGGAGCUUUCUUCUCUGCUCGUUUUGGCUUUCUCUCUCUUCCGGUUUUUACUUUCUUCUAGCUGAGCUCUAUCUUGUUUGGUUUCGGCCCUGUAAAGAGAAGCGGAAGUGAAAUGCCGCCAUUAGAGCUGGAUUUUAGAUCUAACGUUAACUAAUUUUACUGUAAAAGAAGCUUGUAGGUUAUAAAUUAACGGUAUUACGCGUUUCUGGUGGUUAAAGAAGUGAGCGGGAAGCUAAGUUAGGUUUUAGGUUUUGUUCGUUUUAGUGUUCGAUCUGUGAAUUUUUGGGACUAUUUUAUUGAAGAGAGAGAAGUUCAGAUUUGUGGAAAUGAAUCGUAGUUUUAGGGCUCAGGACUCCCAAAUGCAAAUGGCAGCGGCAGCGGUGAAGCAGAGGCAACAAUUGAGGGCGUCAAUGAUGAAGGAGAAGGAAGAAGAGCUCGCGUUGUUUCUGGAAAUGAAGAAGCGUGAGAAGGAGCAAAAUAAUCUCCUCCUUAAUAACUCUGAAGAGUUUGAUGCACCUUUAGGGUCGAAACCCGGUACUUCUCCUAUAUUUAAUAUUUCAUCCACAGCAACACCUGCAAGAAAAGCCAGUGGUGCUGAUGAUUUUCUCAAUUCUGACAAUGAUAAAAAUGACUAUGACUGGCUUCUUACACCUCCUGGUACCCCAUUGUUUCCUUCUUUGGAGAUGGAAUCACAAAAGACUGUUAUGAGUCAGAUUGGCACUCCAAAGGCCCGUCCCACUGCCCUGAAAUCUAGACUAGCAAACCCUCAGCCAGAACCUCCCACACGGGGAAGCUUGGUGUCUAAGCAAUCAACUUCCUCCCCUGGGUUGAACUCUUCUGGUGCAGGAAUUCGCAGGCCUUCAUCAUCAGGUGGUCCAGGAUCACGACCUGCAACACCAACUGGACGUCCUACUUUGACCUCAACUUCUAAACCUUCUAGAUCUUCAACACCUACUUCUCGGGCCACCUUGCUUUCAUGUAAAGCAGUUUCUGCAACUAAGCCAAAUGUCUCUGCUGCUAAGCCUGCUGCUUCUGCAACAAAGCCUACUACAGUUCCUACAAGAUCUUCAACACCGUCAAGAUCUACCGCAAGACCUUCAACACCAACUGCGAGGCCUUCUAUACCUCCAUCAAAGUCCACAUCAAGGGCAUCAACCCCAACUCGACGUCCAUCCACUCCAUCAAGUGCAACAACUAUAUCCGCUCCUCCUAUUAAGUCGUCUGCUGCAGUUACUAAGACAGCUCCCACAACAGCUAGAAAUCCAGUGCCAUCACGUGGCACUUCUCCAACAGUGAAAUCUAGGCCUUGGAAGCCUUCGGAGAUGCCUGGUUUCUCACUCGAUGCUCCACCAAAUUUGAGAACAUCAUUACCUGAUAGGCCACUUUCAGCCACUAGGGGUAGGCCUGGAGCACCCAGCUCUCGAUCUUCCUCUGUUGAGCCUACUCCUAAUGGGAGACCAAGACGGCAAUCAUGCUCCCCUGCAAGAGGACGAGCCCCCAAUGGCUUUAUGCACACCAGUGGGAGCUCUGUUCCUGCAAUUAAUCGUGCACGCGCUAAAGUUAAUGACAAUGUGAGCCCUGUUCUAAUUGGAACCAAAAUGGUCGAAAGAGUAAUAAAUAUGCGAAAACUGGCUCCUCCUAAGCAAGAUGAUAAACUUUCUCCUCUUGGAAACCUUUCUGGGAAGUCUUCAUCACCGGACAGCUCAGGCUUUGGAAGAACACUUUCAAAAAAAUCUUUGGAUAUGGCUAUAAGACACAUGGAUAUAAGGCGAAGCAUUCCUGGUAAUUUACGGCCUUUAAUGACUAAUAUUCCAGCAUCUUCAAUGUAUAGCGUGAGAUCAGGGUCUGCACGAAGUAGAACAGUUAGUGUGUCAGACUCCCCUCUGGCAACAAGCAGUAAUGCUAGUUCAGAAGUGAGUGUCAACAACAAUGGUCUUUGUUUGGAUGGGAUUGAAUUAGAAGAAGUUGGCAGUGAGAGAGGUGGUCGGUCUCCUCUUCGGGGGAGGUGAUAGUUGGAAAUCAAUAUCUGUGAUAUCAACAGCUUAUUCUAAUCACUGUGUAUUAUUUUUGGUCUUCAACCAGCUCGAGAGCUGAAAGAGGAACCGAUUUCCAGGAAAGAAAAGAGAACUGACUGAAGUCUUGCGUCUGUGAUGUAAAGUUUGUUAGAUUGCUUGGCUGAUUUUUCUGUAAUCCAUGUUCUUUGUAUUAUUAGGGAAACCAAUUAUAAGUCCUACGAUUGCUCUUGCUCGAUUUCUACAAGGUGAAUUAUUAUGCACCAAAAAUGAGAAGUAAAAACCCUCCAUUAUCGCCGCGAUAA